AUGCCUUCAGGGACAGCACCACCAUCUCUGCAAAACCCAACGACGCCCAUGGCCUCUCAACCAGGCCAAGCUCUCGGCGGAGCCCGUCACUACUUCCUCGAGGAUGAACAGAACGGGAUGGCAAUUCCAAGCCAGACAAGCAACGACGCAUGGCCGUUAGUUAUCGGAGGCGGGUUGGGUUCCGGCCAGUUCAACCAGUUUCAGGUAAGUGGAGGAAUUGGCAACGGCAUAGAAUUAGAACGUAGAAGGAAUUCGAGUUUGGGUGUUGAGCAGGGAGGAUUUGGGUUUCUGCCACACCCACUGUACGGGUCUUAUGAAGUGAUUAAUGGGUUUAACGUCGGAAAGUUGAAGGGCGUCGGCAGGCAGAAGGAAUUUGGCGAGAACUCAGGAGACAACGAUGCUGCCGUUGGCAGGAGGUACCGUAGGAUGAUUAAGAACCGAGAGUCCGCGGCUCGCUCGCGAGCAAGAAAACAGGCUUACAAUGCUCAGCUGCAAUUGGAGAUACAUGAAUUGAAGAAAGAGAAUGGAAGGAUGAAGUGUCUCCUGGAAUGGAUGAAACGUGAACAGAUUCGAAAGGGACUGCUGAGGUCUUACUCUGCUCGAUUAUAG